AUCUUUCUGGGUCCUGGGCAAAGCAGAGAAGGCGAAGCAAAGGGAACAGUGGGGCAUCUGUAUCACUGGCCACUGACUCUCCGUGUGGGAAGUAGUUCUCAGGUUGCAAGGGGAAGGAGGUUAGAGGGAGGGGGCUGGGCCAGGAGGGGCUGCCCAGUGGGUGUGAAAGCCUGGAGGUUGCGGGGGCGGGAGCUGAAAUGCCCAUCGCGGUGGGACCCGUCGGAAAAUAGCACUUCUCCUCCAUUCCCGGUGGAGCCUCGCACCUCCCUGCCCCGUCCCGCCAUGGCAGAGAGCUCAGACAAAGUGCCCAUCGCCCUAGUGGGCCCAGAGGACGUGGAGCAGGGUCGCCCACCCGCGUACACAGCUGUGGCGGUGAGACCCUCCAGCCCCGGGAGGCUGCUCAAGGUCGGAGCCGUGGUCCUCAUCUCCGGAGCCGUGCUGCUGCUCUUUGGGGCUAUCGGCGCCUUUUACUUCUGGAAGGUGAAUGACAAACAUAUUUACAAUGUCCAUUAUACCAUGAGUAUUAAUGGAAAAAUACAGGAGGGAUCAAUGGAAAUAGAUGCUGGGAACAACUUAGAGACCUUUAAAAUAGGAAGCGGAGCAGAAGAAGCAAUUGAAGUUAAUGAUUUCCAGAAUGGGAUCACUGGAAUCCGUUUUGCUGGAGGAGAAAAAUGUUAUAUUAAAGUCCAAGUGAAAGCUCACAUACCUCAGGUGGAUGCCAAGACUAAACAGAGCAUCAGUUCAGAACUGGAAGGCAAGAUCAUGCCAGUUAAAUUUGAAGAAAAUUCUCUAAUCUGGGUUGCUGCAGACCAGCCUGUUAAGGAUAACAGCUUCCUGAGUCCUAAAAUCUUAGAACUGUGUGGAAGCCUUCCUAUUUUCUGGCUUAAACCAACACAUCCAAAAGAAAAUCAAAGAGAACGAAGAGAAAUCUUAAGAAAAAUUCGUCAAGCUACCACAAGAAGGGCAAACAGUGGGCCACAGGGUAAUCCAAGCUCUGGAAGACUAGUUAAUGAAACUAGGCCCAGUAUUCAGGAGGAUACAGAACCUUUCAAUCCAGAUAAUCCUUAUCAUCAACUAGAAGAAGGUGAGGGCAUGACAUUUGACCCCAGACUAGAUCAUGAAGGAAUCUGCUGUAUUGAAUGCAGGCGGAGUUACACUCACUGCCAAAGGAUCUGUGAACCUCUCGGUGGAUACUUUCCCUGGCCUUAUAACUACCAAGGUUGUCGCUCAGCUUGCAGAGUGGUCAUGCCCUGUAGCUGGUGGGUGGCCCGUAUCCUGGGGAUGGUGUAAGAUGAUUUCCUAUCAUAGGUAUGAUAACCAAAGCAAGAAAAAAAUUUUCUAAUAUGAUGAGACUACAGCCAAAAAAGUAUAGAGAUUCUUAGAGUUGAGGACACUUAAGUAUACAGUCAUAACAUUAUAGAUAUUUUAUAGACAUUUUCUACUGCUUUAAAUUUUUAAUGACAUAAAAUGUAUUCUCUCCUAGUAUGGAAAAAUCUACCAAAUGAACAAUGUAACUCCAGAAACACACAUUAAUCUCUUUUUUGCUGCAGAAUUUGGUUUGUCAAUAGGGGUUUAUUCAUAUAUCACCAUCCCUCUGUUCUGAAAUACAUGUGAAAAAAUUAUGGCCAGUUAGUCUAGAAGCUCAACUUCUUCAUUUGAAAAUACCUUUCAAACCAAGUUACUGACAAAAAUAAAUCACAAGUCAAAUUGUCCCGUUAUUAUUCAUACUAAGUUCCAGUUUUGUAUAAAAGUCAUAUCUCAUCCGUUUCCAGCAAAUAUGCUUCAAAAGUUACUGAUGUGUAAGUCAAAUAAGGUCCAAAACAAGCUGAAAGAAUAAGCAACAUAAUAGAAUGUAUUCACAUAAGUCCUAUCUCUGUAUCUCAAAGUGGUGGGUAUGGGACACAAUCCCUUAAACAUCAUCAGCUCUAGGAAAAUAUGGUCAAAUUGAAACAAAGCCAAAUCAUCCCAAAGGUGGGGAGGGGAAGUGGAAAAAAUUUUAUUAUUAAAAUUUGGAAAAACAGAUAAUCAUAUCUUUUUCAACCUGCUUUCAAUAAAUGGUCACCAGAAUAAA